AUGGCCCAAGCCUUGAAAGGGAAAGGUCCUGCCACAGUUGAUGACCUUGUACAAAAGACAAAUGUACCUUUCAAUCCUCGGGUGAUGGCUCUGCCAUUGCCAACGAAGUUCAAGAUGCCCCAUCUUGAGAGUUUCGACAGAACCCGGGACCCACUCGAUCACCUGGAAACUUUCAAGUCACUAAUGAACUUACAAGUGGUCCCAGAUAAGAUCAUGUGCAGGGCAUUCCCUACCACCCUCAAAGGGUCAGCCCGUGUCUGGUUUAAUAAAUUGAAGCCGGGAUCUAUUAGCAAUUUUGAAGAGCUCAGUAAACAGUUCAUAGGGCAUUUCAUUGCAGGAAGACGACACCGAAAGCCAGCCACCUAUUUGCUCAAUGUUAAGCAAGACAACGGGGAGGCGUUAUGUGAUUAUAUAGGCCAAUUUAAUAUAGAGAUGUUGCAAGUCGAUGAGGUGGAUGACAAGGUUGCUCUUACAGCCUUCAUGGGAGGACUACAAUCCUCCAAAUUCCUUUUCUCUUUAUCCAAGGACCCACCAAACACUAUGGCAAAAUUAUUGAUUGAGGCCCAGAAACAUAUGAAUGCUAAAGAUGCUAUGAAUUCCAGGAAGGGCAAAGGAGACGACGACAAAAAAGGAGAUAAGAAGAGGUCAGCCCCUAUCUUGAAAGACGAAAGAGACUCCAAGUUUAGGAAGUUUAAUAGGUCCCCGAGAGUCCCUAGAGGGCGAGAUAACUACACCAACUUCACUCCCUUGAAUGCUCCUAUUAGUCAAAUCCUGAUGCAACUCCAAGACGACCACACCUUGAAGUGGCCCCCUAAGUUGAAGUCAGAUCCGACAAGAAGGUCUAAAGACAAGUAUUGCCGGUUCCACAGAGACCAUGGGCAUAAUACCGAUGAUUGCUUCGACUUGAAAAGCCAGAUUGAGAGUCUAAUUCAUCGGGGCAAGUUACACAGGUAUGCAGCAGAUCGUGAGAAGGGAACGGGUCAACCUAUUCGCAAGAAUAGGGAGAACAACCCUCCUGGGCACUAA